AUGACAGUCUCGUUUUCCAAAAUCUGGCAUUCCAAGCCGGUUGAAUUCAUAAUAUCGCAAUGGUUUUUCAUCACUCUGGCUGUUUUCAUCGUCCUGGCACGCUUUGUACCGAAUUUUGCACGCCAAGGUGGACUGAUCAAGGCCCAAUACACUAUUGAAUACGGCGCCGUUGCAUUGAUCUUUCUACAAAAUGGGUUGAGCAUGUCAACCAAAAAUUUAUGCCUUAAUCUUUCCAAUUGGCGUGCACAUUUAGUAGUACUGGUUAUGAGUUUUCUACUUACAAGUUCGAUUCUUUUUGGGUUCUGCUGUGCGAUCCAAAGCUCGGACGACUCCAAGAUCGAUGAGUGGCUGCUGGUAGGGUUGAUCUUAACUGCAGCAAGCCCGACUACUGUGGCAUCGAAUGUGAUCAUGACCCAGCAGGCUAAAGGCAACGACUUAUUGUGUCUGUGUGAGGUCUUCAUCGGAAAUGUCCUGGGUGGGUUCGUUACACCAGCUAUCGUGCAGAUGUACCUCAGCACGUCGCUGUUUGCAUUCGGAAACCCAAGCAACGGCUCCAGUGUGCGUACGGUCUAUGCUAACGUUAUGAAGCAGAUCGGAUUGUCUGUCCUCGUACCUCUAUGCGUCGGUCAAGUGGCUCAAAAUGUGUUCCCCGCCCAGGUAUCCUGGGCCCUUAAAACGCUCCGUAUGAACAAGAUUGGCAGCAUUUGCCUACUGCUGGUGAUGUUCAGCUCUUUUUCCACGGCUUUUUAUCAGCACGCAUUCACCAGCGUGUCCCACGUCUCCAUGGUAUUUAUCGUUUUGUUCAACAUCGGGAUUUACCUGUUCUUCAGUGUUUUAUGCUUCGUCUGUGCUCGGCCUUGGUUUAUCCUCAAAAUGUUCCCCGAUGAGCCCAAUGAACACUCUUCGAAGAUGUACGUGUACGGGUACCGCGUGCUAAGACCUUUUUAUUACAACAAGAAAGAUACCGUGGCGAUUUUGUUUUGCGGACCUGCGAAAACGGCGGCUCUGGGUGUUUCCCUGGUCUCGUCCCAAUACGGCAGUGAUUUUCCACAAUUGGGGAAGCUUCUUGUUCCUUUAGUGCUAUACCAAAGUGAGCAAGUUGUAACUGCGAAACUUCUGGUUCCACUCGUGAGGAGAUGGGCAGCCGAUGAAGACGAAGUUGGGUCGGCCAGCGAAAAGGACUUAGAGCAGGCGUCAUCGGGUAAGGGCGACGCAACUGAUAGCUCCGAAGUAUCUCAAAUUGCACAAGAAAACGACGUACAGAAACAAGGUGGGCGACAAUAA